AUGAAGAUAGAAUGGGGAAAGCUGAUAAUUGAAAGGAGGUUUGGGAUGAAGCAGAAAAUCAAGCCCCGUGUGCAGAGGGGCUCUGCUACAGAGUAUGGGGGAGUAGAGAAGUUAUCUGAGGAGCUGGCUAUAAGGAAUAAGAAGAUAUCUGGAGGGAAACCGGCGAGAGUCCUGGAGGAGUCUGAAGAGCAGAGUGAUGUAGAUAUUGCUGUGGAGGGGCUUAUCCCAUCACUUGAGCUUUCAAAGACAAUACCUCCCCGUGUUCCAUAUGACAAGAUAGAGAAAGAGCUGUUCAAAGAUGUUGAAAGCAAGAUUUUUGAUUUAUGGAAGGGGCGGCAAAGAUGCGGAGUGUUCGAGAGAAACAUAGAGAUAUGGAGACAGCUAUGGAUUACUUGCGAGAGAAGUGAUGUCAUAAUACAAAUUGUUGACGCUAGAAAUCCAAAAUUCUUUCUCAAUGACGAUAUCCGCAAACUUUAUCCAGAAAAAGAGCAUGUUGUUCUCAUUAAUAAGGCUGAUCUGUCUUCAAAUAGAACAGAGAUAAAAGAGUACAGGUGUUUUUACUACUCGGCGCUAGAGAAAAACAAUCUGUUGAAGUUUAUUUUGGAGUAUAAAGGAAAAGUAGUUGGAUUUGUGGGAUAUCCAAAUGUUGGAAAGAGUAGCACAAUCAACUCCAUAGUGAGCAGUAAACGUGUCCGGGUCAGCCAAACACCCGGGAAGACCAGGCACAUACAGACGAUACAUAUCGACGGAGGGCCACGCUUGCUCGAUUGCCCUGGAUUGGUUUUUCCAAGACAUAACAAGAUCGACCUAAUACUUCAUGGGAUUCUGAACGUUGACCAGUUGCUUGAUUUGAGCGGGAGCGCCGAAUACAUUGUAGAGUUCAUUGGGAUCGGCAAGCUUUGUAAAUUCUACUCAUUGAAAGGGUUCUAUAACGACUCAAGAUAUUCGAGGAGCACCAACUAUAUGAACCUGAUGUCCAUGACUAAGGGAUGGGAAGCAAGUAGAUGCCUUAAGACGAUAGUCAAGGACUUUGUAUCUGGAAAAAUUCCUUACGACAGGACAGAUGAGGACACUCCAAGGGCCAUGUUCGAUUGGUAUGAGAAAGAAAUAGCUCCUUGA